CCCUGCUGCGCCGCGGAGACUUUUGCUGGGCGAGCGACUUUAGCAGCGAUGGAGAACGGAGCGGUGUACAGUCCCACCACCGAGGCGGCCCCGGGCGCUGGCCGGGGUGCGCGCAGCGGCCUGGCCGCCUACUUCUUCCUGGGCCGGCUCCCGUGGUCUCGGCGCAUUCUCAAAGGCUUGCAGCUGCUGCUGUCUUUGCUGGCCUUUAUCUGUGAAGAGGUCGUGUCCGAGUGCACGUUGUGUGGAGGCUUGUACUUCUUUGAGUUUGUGAGCUGCAGCGCCUUUCUCCUGAGCCUCGUCCUGCUGAUCGUGUACUGCACACCAGUGCAUGACAGAGUGGAUGCUGGGAAAGUCAAGUCGUCGGAUUUCUAUAUCACCCUGGGAACAGGGUGUGUGUUUCUCUUGGCAUCUAUCAUUUUUGUUUCUACCCAUGCUGGGACCUCAGCUGAAAUUGCUGCAAUCGUGUUUGGGUUUAUGGCGAGUCUGGUGUUCCUAAUUGACUUUGUCGUCAUGCUGCAUGAGAGACGGCAGGAGAGCCAGCUGAGAAAACCUGAGAACAACGCCAGGGCUGAAGCCCUCACUGAGCCGCUGAAUGCUUAAAGCUGGAGCAGGUGCUGCGGACCAGAAGAGAGCGUCUUCCAUGUGACUAGUGUUAUGUGUGCUCCUCCUUUGGAGAGAAGGGAAGGACAGGAGGGCAGCUUCUCAGUGCUGGACUGAGUGGCAGCCCCUCCAGUUAGCUCAGAGGGUUUUUAAUAACGGUUGGAACUCGUUUCAAAUGGAGGAGGUUUGUUAUUUGUUUAUUUUUAAAGACAGGACUGUUGUCUUUGAAUUGCAUGUCUGUCAUUUGCUACAGGUCAGCCCUCACCAGGCCUGGCUUCCAGACCGUGUGUUCUCCGUCCUUUCAGGAACUCUUGCAUUUUAAAAUCAUUCGCUUUGCUCUUAGUUUUUGGUAGUUAAGUUCUGUUCUGAUGUUGGAGAUUUAAUUUGUAUUUAAGUUGUUGGUAUGGGCGUCUUUCCUUAAUAUAUGAUCCUUGUAUUUACUGUAUCUUGUUCAACUGUACGUUAUGUGCUAACCUUUCAAGGCAGUUAUUCUGAAUUCUUUCUGAUCCAUGCAUUGCCUAACAGAAAACGCGCGGGCUGCUGGUGUUUUAUGUGUACAAAAGCAACAGUGUCAAAGCCUUGUGCUUUUUAGAUUGCACUCUGGUUGUUGAAAUUAAGUUUAAAAGAAAAAAAAAGAUUGUUAUGGAAUGCAGAAAAACUGAAGAAAUUGAUACUACAUCUAGAGACCAAAGAUAGAGUAAACUCUUUGUCCUGUACAGUGGAUGUAACUAUACAGACAGGCUGGACCACUGGGGAGAGAUGUGAAGGGUCAUGCUGUGCACACACGGAAACAGUUGACGGUGUCUGUGCUGUGUGCACACGGAAACAGCUGAUGGUGUUCAUUCUGUGAGCUGGACACUGGGUCCCCUCCUGGCAGAUGGUCAUUUCUUCUCUAGUGAGCACCACUCUGCAGGCUUCUCUUAGAGUCCUGGGCUGGGUUUGUUCACUAACCCGAGAUGCCUUUUCUGACUUUCUAGAUGGUCCCUGUGCUGCGUCACCAUCUGCCAAGGGAGCCGUCACUCUUGCUCUUUUCCUUCUCACUCAGAUUCACUGUCAACUCUCUCCAGGCCGUCCAGACUCUUGUGCCCUUCUUAUCACCAAAAGUCCGAGGUAGGAACCCCUGCUGGUGAAUAUUGUUGGUGAUGCUGGAAGCCACAGGCUGCUCCUGACACUUUGGAAGGGUUGCUUGUUGCUGUAGGGGUACCUUAGAGCCACUGGGGCACCUUUGUGCCCAAAGGGGACCUUUCUUAUCUUCCUUCUGGGGUUUGACUGAGACUCAAGUAUGUCAAGGCCUUCUGUGCCCUGGUGGAGGUUUCCCAGGCUGGGGUUUCUUCCUGAAGACAUGUGAUCAUGUUCCCAGGGAUUUACUGUAAAGUUCCCCUCCUUUUUGGUUUCCUGUCUGCCACUGUGUGUGUUCGAUGAUUUUGGUCACAAGCGUACAGCAGUUGUAGUUCUCAGACGGGGAUGAAUCUGGGCACACAGCUUCUGCUUUCUUACUCACUGCCUGAUCUGCUGGCAUCAUACUUUCUUGAUCAUGAAACCAAUCAUGGAUGUUGGCCUGCCAUCUAAGAGAAGGGGGAGUAGGUUCUUGAAACCAAGAAUAAAAUAAUUCUAAAGGAACCAGUUUAUAGCAGACAGUUUUAGAAUUUCACAUCAGGCUAUGCUGUAGUCACUGGAAAUACUGUCCAGACCUAUGGAGAACUAACAGCAAAUGAAGGCAAUGUUAGUAUUACAAACUGUUAGUCAGCUGUCUGCUACUGUAACAAAAUACCUGAGACAUUCAACUUAGAAGAAGCGUUAGGGCUGGAGAGAUGGCUCCGAGGUUACAAGUGCUUACUUCUCUGCAGAGGACCUGAGUUCUCUCCAGCACGCACAUGGGAUGACUCAUGAGUGCCUUAUACUGCCAGGGAUCCAGUGUCUUUGGUCUCUGGCAUCCAGACAUACAUGGCAUCCAUUCACACAUAUAUACAUAAAUUAAAGUAAAUAUUAAAAGUUGAAAAGAAAAAGAAAAAGGAGAGUUAUCUUGGUUUGUGGUUUUGUAGGCUUCAGCACAUGGUCAGUCUGUUGUCUUAGACGGCGGCGCAUCAUGGCGGGGGUCUGUGGUAGAGCAUCCAGGAAGCAAGGAAAGAGUGAGCGUUUCUUGAGAUCCCGUUCCCUUUGGAGGGUACGCCCCCACUGACCCAGGACCUCACGCUAGGCCCUGCCUCUAAAGGUUUCUGACACCUCUCGACAGUGCCAUCCCAGAGAACUGGCCUCUGAUACCCAGGGCCUGGGGACAACUCACCUCAUCAGUGCCCCUCUCUGCCCAUGUUUGGCUUCUUCAGGAGGAACAGACACUCUCUCUGGCCUGUCUUCAGGAGGGACAGACACUCUCUCUGGCCUGUGUCCACACAUGCAGCAACUUAGCAUCCAGUUGUUUACCGUAGGUUUGCUCUGAGAUGCCGCGGCUGAGGGCUUCCUCGGCUACUCCUUUCUUUCCUUUUAAGAUAAUUUGGUCACUUGUAUCUGUUGUCACUCUUGGAACUUUCUCUUUUGGAGGACCUGUGACUGCUUGGCUUCUGCCUUCCCUGGGGGGAGAUGGGGUUAAAGACUGUGGCACGAAUAAGCUCAAGAGCUGGGACCAGAGGUCGCCAAGCAGAAAAGACGUCUUCAUUAACAGCUGUGGCAAAUUUGAUUUGCUGUAUUUUAUACAAAUUGUUUGGAAUGGUUUUUAAGACUUAGAAGGGAAAUAUACUACAGCACAAGACUUUUAUAAUUACUAUACUUAAAUUAUGCUUUAUGUGGGGACCGGGAAAUGUAUUUUUACAUUGCUUAUAUCCAAUCACUUUUGUAUUUGUUGAUUUAAGCCCAUGGGUCUUUUUUUUUUAUCCCUAUUAAUACCAACUUUUAUAAUCUUUUAAAAUAAAUCCUCUUAAUUUCAGUGUUGAUGUCUUCACAGUUGUUCAGUGCAGAGACUUGUUUAUAAGCCCUUAUUUGAGGGGCAGCCGUCCUCCGUGGGUGUGUGGUUGGUGGAGUCUGGAGGAACAGACCUGCUCCCUAUCUGUGGAGGGCAUAUUUAAACAGCAUGUUUGUCAGCCGGUCAGCACAGGGGGCCUUUAGCGCCAGCACUUGGGGCUGAGGCAGGAGGAUCACCGGCUUCAGGCUAACCUGGCCUACAGGGCAAUGAAAAUGUUCUUAGGACCAGCUGUGGUGGAAGAGAUCUCUGUAAGUUCAAGGCCAAUGUGAGUUACAGAGUGAAUUCCAGGUCAGCCACAUAAACAAAUGAAAACAAAAAUAUUUUUUAGGGCAUCACAUGGGAUGACUGAAUGGCUUUAAAUCCCUUUGCCUCCUGUUUCUUCUUUCUAUU